AUGCCCGCCUAUGGGGUUCAAAAUCGCGUAUUUACCAAUCCACUGGCUUCCUAUUCUAGGCUGUUGCAGGUCUGCACGUCCGGAGCAACCGCUACCUCCGAGCGAUUGCGCGUUCCGCUCCUGACUGGCUCGGCCAAAGUGGCUUUUGACUUGUCUCUCACCGGGGUCCACCGUGUCUCGGCGAGCCGUUGGCCGGCCCUGCUUCGGUAUUUCCUGACGCCGGUGGUUGUUGCUAGCAAGAAUGACGAGUUGAGUAUGCGAGUCGUGCAUUGGCGGCGGCACGGUGCACCCAGGAACGGGCUCGAGAACCGCGAGUCUGGGCCUGUUCCCAGUUCUGAAGCUGGUGAUUGUGCGUGA